AGUUAACAACUGAUAUAAGCAUAAAAACGUAUAUUGUGUAUAUUAAUAAACAAUUGGAAAUACAUUCUCAAAAGACGCAACCUCUUAGCUGUGCGGAAAUAAUCCCAAACUCAGUUUAAAGGAGACCUUUGCUUUGUGACCCCAAUUUUACCGACCUGUUCUUAUAUUCAAAAUGUCCACAAGACCCCGACGCGCUGCAGCCACAAAAAAGGUGGUAAUUGAGCACUCCGACUCGGAUGAGGAGCUGAAUCUUUCGGAUAACGAUGAUUACAGGCCGCCGGAGACUGAAAACCGCAGGAUUGAUCGCGCUGCAAAUGCCCAGGCAGGCGGCACCAAGCGCCAGCGAUGGCCCACAUCCAAGAGUGCAUCUGCUGAGGCAGCGGCUCCCAAGAAGAAUCGGGCAAGAAAGGAAAAAGAAGACGAAAAUGCUUGUCCUAAUGAGAAGAAUAUCGAUCUUGAUGUCCAGGACACACACUCAUCUACAACCAAACGAAAAGGUCCUGCAGCUAGCUCCUCCACAGAAAGGAGUUCCGAAGCUCCAGCUCCCAAGAGAAAGCGUGCCAGAAAGGAAAAGGAAGCCGAACAUGAUUGUCCCAAUGAGAGUAAUCCUGACCAGGAGGACGUGGUAGAACCAUCAACUAUGACCCAACCAGAUGGUCCUGUAGCCAGCUCCACCACUGGACGGAGUUCCUUCUGGGAGCGCCGCAAGGUGUGGAACAUCCAUGAGCUUCUUGCCGAAACGGAGAACAUACAGCCGCAGGCAGCGAGGAAUAUUGUGCAGCUCUUUGAGAACGAAAACACCAUUCCUUUUAUCUGUCGCUACCGUCGAGAUCUGGUGGAUCACAUAGCUCCAGAUCGACUGAGAGACAUUCGCAACACAUAUACAGAGAUUGUGGAUCUGCGCAAGAAGGCCGAGAAUAUCGUCAGUCAGUUGGAGCGUGACAACGUCCUAAAUACGGAAAUCCGUGAGGAGCUGAUGUGCGCCAAGACCAACGAGGAACUGGAGUUUCUAUACGCCCCUUACAAGCCAGCCAGUAAGGGCACUUUGGCGGAACGCGCCAAAGCGUUGGGCCUGGGAGAAUACGCCGACCGUUUGCUCUAUGGCUCUGUCCCAAAAGUGAAUCUCAAAGAAAUUGUGGACCCCGGUAACGUGGACUUGGCCACGGAAGCGUUGGUGAUGAGUGGAAUCUGCAACAUUAUUAUACACAACAUUAGCAAGAACACAAAUGUGUUGGAGGAAAUUCGGAGACUACAAAAUGUGCAUCGGGUAUUCCUCAAGUGCAGCAAGACCAAGGUGGCCAAGACAUCGUCCAAAGCUAGUUCGAGUAAAGCAUCUAGCGGCAUCGCAGACAAAAAAUUGGACAGCUCAAAGUUUGAGAACUACUUUAACUUUCAGGGUGAUAUUAAAGCAAUAAAACCCCAUCAAAUGUUGGCCAUCAAUCGUGGAGAGAAGCAUAAGUUCCUUUCCGUCAAAUUAGACACCAGCGACUAUCUUAAACGAGAUCUGAUGCGCUUCAUAUCAGAUCAGUACAUGAACGAAGGCCUGCAGUAUCCCCUAAGAAGGGAGGUGUUUACAAAAUCGCUAGAUGAAUGCUACUCAAAAAAGUUGCAGCCAUUGAUGUGCAGGCAGAUUCGCGCCGAUCUGAAGGAAAAGGCCCAAAAGGCAGCCAUUGAUGUGUUUGCAAAGAACCUAAAGCAACUGUUGUUGAUGUCUCCACUCAAAGGAGAGCGCAUUUUAGGCAUAGAUCCUGGGUACACCAAUGGCUGCAAACUGGCAAUUAUUUCCGAGACGGCCGAUGUGCUGGACACGGGUGUUAUUUACCCUCAUGGGGCCAGGUCUAAUAAGCGUGGAGCCGAAGAAAAAUUGGUUCAGAUUCUUUCAGAUCACAACUGCCAAAUUAUUGCCCUGGGCAAUGGAACUGCCUGUCGUGAAACUGAGCAUUGGCUAACCGAUAUGUUUCACUCCGGCAUCCUGGACAGCAGAAGUAUUCGCUACAGCAUUGUUAACGAAAACGGGGCUUCUGUUUACUCUUGCAGCGAUGUGGCCUCCAAGGAAUUUCCCAAUAUGGAUACUAACGAAAGGAGUGCAGUAUCCAUUGCGCGUCGUUUGAACGAUCCGCUGAGUGAGUAUGUGAAGAUAGAGCCCAGACACCUGGGUGUUGGCAUGUAUCAGCACGAUGUUUCCGAGAAAAUUCUGACAGAAUCGCUGAAGGACGUUGUGUCUGAAUGUGUCAGCUAUGUGGGCGUGGACCUCAACACAGCCAGCUUAAGUGUGCUCAAGCACAUUGCUGGUCUGUCGGAGAAGAAGGCCGAAAAAAUCAUUGAGUACCGGACGCAGAAGGGGCCUUUUCAGUGUCGCAAGGAUCUACUCUCGGUGCGAACUAUAGGUGAGAAAUCCUUUGUACAGUGCGCUGGCUUUGUGCGCAUCGAACCAUUAAGCGUAGGAGGACGACUGCAGAAUCCCCUAGACUGUACUUGGGUGCAUCCGGAGAGCUAUAAGGUGGCGGAAAGUAUCGUGGGGGAAUGUAAUUUGAAGCUGUCAGAUGUAGGCAAGGCUGCCUUUAUAGCAAGCAUCAAGAAGUUUGCAGAGUCCCGAUCGAAUCUCGAUCGCAUAGCCAAGCAGCACAAGAUCCCAAUGGAGCGGUUGGAAUUUCUACUGGUUGCCCUACAGCGCGAAUUGCUUCAAGAUUAUCGAGCUGAUCUAGACAAGCGGCCUCUCUUCAAACAGGGCCUAACACGGCUGGAUGAUCUGAGCAUAGGAGAUGUAGUCACAGGUGCUGUGACCAACGUAACCCAGUUUGGUGCUUUUGUGGACGUGGGAGUGGAGCGGGAUGGCCUUAUACACAACAGUCACAUGAAAAACAGCGAGCUGAGCAUCGGCGAUCGCAUAGUGGCAUCGGUGGUAAAGGUGGAUCUGCAGCGACGCCUGCUAAGUUUGCGUUUGGAGAAUAUGCUGAUGGAGACGGACACUUCGUUCACUUUCAAGACGGAGGAUUAAAGUCAAACGGCACGGGUUUAAUGCUUUCGGAAGUAUUUAAUGAUUCAUAUCGUAAUUGUUUGGUUGCUCACAUGAGCAUUCAUAUAUAUACUAUAUAUUGUUCAUAUAUGUAUAUGUGUAUAUGCUUUUAAAACUAAGUGAUGCCCUCGUAAGCCAGUUAAAAUGUUUGACUAAAUAAAUAUACAAUAUGCAUACAUUUAGGCGCUUGGUUUGCAGGCAAGUUGCUUUCACUUUUUAGUUAGUUUGUUUGCUCGAAUUUAUUGCCGUUUCAGUAGAAUUUUAAAAAUUAUUAUAAACAAUGUUAUAUAAUCUGCAUUUACAUAAUUACACAAUAAAAUAAUGAU